AUGGAUUCCUUGAAACGAGCAGCGAGAAAAAUUCGGAGUUGGGAUAUUCGAACCGAGCCACUGAUAUUCUUUCUCGCAGCUUGCCAAUCAAUCAAAGGGAUCGUCACACCAACUUUAAGUGAAAACAAAAUGAAACGGACCUACAUUCUCCCGCCUGGCGCCAAAGAGAAAACUUUUUACAAUAAAAAGAUGGUGCUUUGGGAUCAGAAUUACGACUAUGUAAAUCUGCCGAUCGCUUGUAUUGUUGGUGUUGCCUACGGUGGUUACAGUGAUUACUACGGUCGAAAGUUGCCGCUCCUUAUCGGGAUUUUGAGUUGCAUUGUCGAGACGGCUUUUCGGAUAUUGAUUUGGCACACUGAGACCGAUUGGCCGCUACAAUGGUUGUUUGCGUGUGCUGCGAUUGCCGGCAUUCUUGGGGAUUUCCUCUUGACGAUGAGCGCCAUCAAUGCCUAUGUCACUGACCAGUUUCCCGAUAAGAAAAUGCUUUCCCUCCGAAUGAUCGUUGUCUCGAUUCUUUUUUCCCUCGGGCAAUUUGGUGGCUCGCAACUCACCGAUGGGAUUCUCUAUUGGCUCUCGGAGAUCAAUAUUUUGAUUAUAGUUGAAGGUGUAUACAUAUUCUCUCUCGUAUUGGCGUUUGUUCUAAUUGAUAACCGGAUCCCGGCAUCAAUUCCUUUAAGAGAAGAAGUCGAAGAGCAUGAUUCGGAUCAAUCGAUUGAGAUUGAAACGAGACCGAAAACGAUUCUCGAAAUCGCUUGGCAAUCAUUCGUUUCUUUAUGGGAUUCGGUGAAGAUUUUCUUCCGCCCACGUGAAGGAAAUCGCCGACUUUUCUUAUGGCUUUGCUUCUUGGCAAAUUUUCUUGAUCAAUUCGUUUUUGGGGAGGAGAAAGGCCUAAUCGGCACUUACACCAAGCUAGCGCCGUUCGAUUGGGAUUCUCAUACCUAUGCCAGAUACAAAUCAUGGAGACCAAUAGUUCAAAUCAUCGGAAUGUUUAUUGGAAUGUUUCUAUUCAAGAAUCUACUCAAAUGUAAAGAUUCGCUGGUGAUCGCGUUGGCCAUAGCGAGUAUGGGAUUGUGUGCGGUGAUGAUCGGAUUAGCACAUGAAACAUGGAUAAUCUUUUUAUCAUUGCCAAUUGGAAGUCUUCACGGUCUUCUCAAUCCAUUGACCUAUUCGUUCAUGUCGUGUUUGAUCGAGCCGAAUGAGAUUGGUAAAGCCUUUGCGGUGGCCUCAAUCGCGCAAAAGCUUGCCGGAAUCGCUCAAAACGCUAUUUUGCAGAACAUUUAUACAGCAACUGUCGAUUGGUAUAUGGGUUUCGUUUGGUUGUUGAUGGGCGGAAUCAGUGGAGUGGCUGUCGGCAUUUAUGCAUUCGUUCAUAUUGUAGCGAAAAGAGAAAGAAUUGAAGAUGGCAGAGAGAGGAGAAUCGAAACGACAUCGGAA